AUAAUUCUGGCCACUAGUCGGUGGUAUACCGACAUAUAGGCAGCAAGCAAAGUCGUAGAGGAAGCCCGAAGGAUAUCACUCAUGUACAGUUAGUUACCCGUGAAAAACAACAGUCUGCUAAUUGCAUCAAGACGAUUUAAAAAUGGAUAAAAGGAAGAAACCAUUUGAUGUGACUGCCUCUUCGUUGGUGGACCUUAAAGCCGAACUAUACAGGAAGCAGGAGCAAUUCAAACAACAGAGACUCGGGCAAGAGCACGGCGGCGCUGCAUUUAAACCCAAAGCCAAAGUUAAGAAACCAAACGUAUGGGCCAAGCAAAACUCUGGUGUUUCUGCGAGAGCCGACAAGGAUGCAGAGCAGCUGGCUGAGGAGCAGAGGAGCAUUGACAAUGCAAAGAGCAAACUCGAGGAGAAAGCCAAACUCUACGAGCAGAUGACAAAAGGAGACUUCCCAGAUGAAGAAACAGAGGGAUUGUACCUGGUGGAUUUUGCUCAGAAGAUAAUUGACAAAAGAAGGGACAGACAUGCCGAAAGUGAGGAUGAAGAAACGGGAAGAUUGUCCCCAAUACCCCCUCCUCAGAACCCAGAUGAGGAAUGGGUGGACUUUGUGGAUGCAUUGGGACGAUCUCGAAGGUGUAUGAAGAAAGACCUGCCAGAUUUUAAGAAAAUGGACCAAGAUCUUCAUGGAAAUUGGAGAGUGACCACUGACAAGACCUUGCUGUCAGAGGACAUGCGCCGAGAUCUGCAGAGGCAGGAGUGGGAGCGAGAAGAGGAGGAAGCUCUGAAGAAGCCAGUCGGACCCAUCCACUAUGAGGACAUCAGGGCUCAAGAGGCUCGGGAGCUCGGCGUGGGCUACUUCGCCUUCGCUCAAGAUGAGGAGCAUCGGCAAAAGCAGAGGCAGACGCUGGACAUGCUGCGGGAUCAGACGACUGACCAGCGCAGCAAGCGGGAACGCCUGAAAGAGAAGAAGAAGGCUGUCCUGCAGGCCAGACUGGCCAAAAUAAAGCAGAGGAAGAUGAAGGCAAAGGGCGUGGUUGCUGAGGAAGAUCCGCUGGAUGCGGGUAGUGAAGAAGAGGAGGACGUGGCGCCAUCGCCUCCACCAGACGACCCACCAGAGGUCAGCAGACUGAAGAAGGUGGAGGUUGAGAUUCAGGAAAGGAGAGACACCAAACCUGGUGUCCCUCAUGUCCGAGAAUGGGACCGAGGCAAAGAAUCCAUGUUCACUCAGUGGAAAAGUCGGCGUCAGGAGGAGCGAGAUUCAGAGUUUGCGCCUCCCUCCGCAUACUUUACCGAUGAGAAGCGUUCGAGACCUCCAAAAAUACACAUCCCGGAGAGGAAGAUUCCCAACAUGUCCUUCAAGGGGACCAAAGUCCCAGAUGGGGAUGCCGAGACCCCGGAAGAUCCACAGCCUACCCCUCCUGAAGUUGCUCCUCCUCCUCCUCAUCCUCCACCUGCACACAACCCCCCUGUCCAGCCACGGCCCCCGCCUCCAUGUCGCCCCGCAGUUCCUCCCCCUGCCAACCUCCAGUAUCCCCCCCCGCCUCCUUUUUACCCCCCUUAUGCCCACCCCCACUUUAUAUGUCCGCCAUACCCAUUUCCUCACUUUCUACCACCCUUCCACAGCCAGUAUCCGCCACAGUGUCGGCCCCCGAUGCCGGGACCGUUCCUAGCUCAGCCGGCCUCUCAGCCCACACAGCCCAUCCAACCUCAGCCGCCGCCCCAACCCACAGACCCCAUCCAACCUCAGCCGCCGCCCCAACUCACAGACCCCAUCCAACCUCACCCACCGCCCCAACCUACAGACCCCAUCCAACCUCAGCCGCCGCCCCAAUCCACAGACCCCACCCACCCUCAGCCGCCGCCGCCCCCCCAAACCCCAUUGCCUGGCCAGGCUCAGCAGCCUCCUCGAGGCUCUUCCCAAAGUCUGGAUGACAUGUUGUCCUUCUACAGGAACGCCACCUGAUGGUGGUGGUGAUGAUGAUGAUGAUGGGGGGGGGGGGGGUAAAUGAAAUUGACACAUGAGCAUCAACAUCAUGAAAUGUCAGGUUGUCCACCUCCAGACCAUCAGAGGUGUUGUCAAUCAUCCCAGCUCACUCAUUUAGUAUUUAAUAAAUAGAAGCAACGUGACUCCAUAUUAUUCUCACGUGGUUCAUAGCGCUGACUGGCCACUCGAUUAGGUACAGCUGCAAGUGCAAGGGGGGAGGACGUACCAUUAGGCCAACAUCUAGCUCAGGACACGGGAAGGAUCAUUUUCUCAUAUUGGACGCUGUCCAUCACAAUCAAUCGUUAUUCUAUUUGGGAGGCAUAUUUUUGUUUUUAUCCAAGCUGUUCUGAUGAAUCAGGUCACUUUUACCUACAACCACUAGAUGGUGGCAUUUCAUUUAUUUUAUUCGUUGCACUAGGAUGGCAGACACUAAGACAGCUUUAUGUUUGUUGUAGUAUAACAACAAUAACACAAUAACACUUGUUUGCUCUUGUAAAUUUACGGCAUUAUUGUAAAUGUACGCAUUUUGGGAGAGAACUAACAAAGCUACUUCCGUGUUCAGAGCGGAUGU